ACCCCCUCUCCUCACCCUCACAUCCUUCCUCAUCACUAUUUCUUUCUGCUGGCCUCUUCGUCUUGUUGUUUCGUAGUCUCCUUCACUCCUCCGCUGGUCAUCCGUCCCCCAGGUAAAAGGCUCCAUCUGUUUUAAUGGAUGAUAGAGGUGGUGUAGCAGGAGACACGUUGGGCGCUGCUGCCUCCCUUUUCCUUACCUUCCCUUUCCACCCCCAAGCAGCUCAUGGACUCCGGCCAUCAGUACUCCGGCGUCCAGUUCAAAGAUGCUACUGCGGCGCAGGCGUCGACGCCCCCGAGAGAGAACCGAGUCGUCGUGGGCGAGAUGGAUUUCUUCUCCAAGGAGAAAAAGACGAUGGCGAGUGUGGAACUUGAUCUCAAGGUGCCCAGCCUCGGUAUCAAGAGCGAGGACCUCACCGUCAACACUGGAUUGCACUUGGCCAAUACGCGUAGCGACCAGUCGAUGGUGGACGACGGGAUGUCGCCGCACGAGGACGACAAAGAAGGCAAGAGUGAGUUGGUCGCCAUGCAAGCCGAGCUGGAGCGCACCAAGGAAGAGAACCAGAAGCUGAGGGCGAUGCUGAACCAGGUGACCUCCAACUACAACGCCCUUCAGAUGCAUCUCGUCGCACUGGUGCAACAGCGACGCGCUUCUGGAAACCCACAGGGACAUGAUGCGGUUGACGAGAAGAUUGAGGCGAAGAGCAGCAAUAAGCAUGAAGGAAUCGUCGUCCCAAGGCAGUUCAUGGAUCUUGGACCGGGUGGGGACAUCGAUGAGCCAUCCCACUCUUCUACGGCGAGCAGGGACCGGUCCUUGUCGCUGCGGAGCCACACUGCAGUUGGAUCGGCAGAUUACAGUGCACAGAAGAGCAGAACUGAUGACAGGGAAAUACUCCCUCUUGAUCAUGAGAAGUAUACCAGGGAAGAUAGCUCGGACAAUGGCUGGAGCCCUGACAAGGCAUCCAAAUUAACUGCUUCCAAGGCCACCGAGCAAGCCCAGGACGCCACCAUGAGAAAGGCCCGAGUGUCCGUUCGAGCAAGGUCUGAAGCUCCCAUGAUCACUGAUGGAUGCCAAUGGAGGAAGUACGGGCAGAAGAUGGCCAAAGGAAACCCAUGCCCUCGGGCUUACUACCGGUGCACCAUGGCGACCGGGUGCCCCGUCCGCAAGCAGGUCCAGAGGUGCGCCGACGACCGUUCGAUCUUGAUCACCACGUACGAGGGAGCUCACAAUCAUCCGCUCCCGCCGGCAGCCAUGGCGAUGGCGUCGACCACUUCAGCUGCGGCGUCGAUGCUCCUGUCGGGAUCGAUGCCGAGCGGCGACGGCCUGAUGAGUUCCAACUUCCUAGCGAGGACCAUCCUCCCCUGCUCGUCGAGCAUGGCCACCAUAUCCGCCUCCGCGCCGUUCCCGACCGUGACAUUGGACCUCACCCAGAUCCCCAACCCGCUGCAGUUCCAAAGAUCGGCCGCGUCCCAUUUCCAGCUACCGUUCGCGAGCGCCGCUCCCGGCUUGGCAACAUCACUGUCGCCGCCGCAGGUCUUCGGGCAGACGCUCCAAACCCAAUCCAAAUUCUCGGGCCUGCAGAGGUCCCCGGAGAUGGACGCCACCCAACUGGCUCAUACGAAGGCUCAGUCGCUUCUGCCACCUUCGCUAGCUGACAAAGUGAGCGCCGCCACGGCGGCCAUAACGGCGGACCCCAACUUCACCGCCGCGCUUGCCGCAGCCAUAACUUCGAUCAUCGGCGCCGGCGGGAAUCAUCAAACAGGAAACAAUAACAACAGCCACAGCAGUGGCAACACCACCUGCAGCAAUGGCAUCAGCAGCAGCAAGCAGCAAUACGAUCCAGAUCAGUUCCAACUUUCCGGCAACCAAUAGCAGCUGUUCAUCAUCCCAAGCCUCGCCUUCUUCGUCUAAAUGAUUCUUUGAUUUAUUUGAUCAAUUAUAGGAUGCAAAAGUAUCUCUUUUACAUAUUGAUAUAAGCUCAAAAAUUGAAAUAGAUGAUGAAGAUAAGUUAGCUUUUUGAACCAUAUGGAUAAUUUGAAUUUCCUUUUUGUUAUGACUUUCAGAAUU